AUGCCUCUAGCUAAAGCCUCCCUGUCUGCAUCCUUUGAUAACUUGCUUGUUUCUCUUCGCAAAGGUUCUAGAGUGGUAGUAUUAGUUGUUUAUGUUGAUGACAUUAUUAUAUCUGAGGAUGAUGCUACCGAAAUUGUAGAGGUGAAAGCUUAUCUAGAUCAGCAUUUUCAGAUGAAGGACUUGGGUGCUCUCAGAUAUUUUGUUGGCAUUGAAGUGCUACGUAGUACGAAAGGGAUUAGUUUGUCACAGAGAAAAUAUGUGUUAAGUCUCUUGUCUGAGACCAGUAUGCUUGCUUUUAAACCAAUAAAUACUCCUAUGGAUUUGUGCCAAAAGUUUGAGAUACAUGAUGACGAAGAAUUUGAUGACAAGCACUGGUACAGGAGGAGGUCUACCAUAGGUUAUUGUACAUUUAUUGGUGGCAAUCUUGUCAUUUGGAGAAGUAAGAAGCAAACAACUGUGGCAAGAUCAAGUGCUGAGGCUGAGUAUCAGGCUAUGGCUCAUACUGCAGCCGAGUUGAUGUAG